UAUCAGCCGGGCGCUGCUCCCAUGUUGCCCGCGGCUUGCUUACGUGGCCGCGUGCAACCCUGCCUGACUUCGCGGCCCCGACCUCCAGCACGGGCACGGCUCCAGUUGCGGGCAGGCGCUUCUGGUGCCUAUGGCUUGGCGGAUCUGGUCUCGUUGUCCGUGGCCUCCACCGUGGGCUCCGGCGUCUUCUCGCUGGCGGGCCGCGUGGCGUCGCAGGAGGCCGGGCCCGCGGUGGUGCUGUCGCUGGGCAUUGGGGCCGUGGGCUGCUGCUUGAGUGCCGCGGCCUAUGCGGAGCUGUCCAGUACGGUGGUGGCUGCUGGAUCAGUUUAUGCUUAUGUGCAGGCCACCAAGUUGGGUCGUUCCAUCAUGGCAGUGGCUGCCUUCUGUCUCUUCGUGGAAUAUGCCUGGAGCUGUGCAGCUGUGGCAGUGGAUUGGUCCCAGAAAUUGCUGCGGCUGGACCUGAAUGGGUUUCAUCUACCUGAGGCCUCCGUCAUCAACUACCCGGCAGUGCUGUUGGUGCUACUCUGUACCAUCUUGUUGGCAAAUGGCACCAAAGCAUCAAAACUUUUCACCAAUGUCAGCACAGCGGCAAAAAUUGGUCUGAUCCUCUUCAUGAUUGCUACAGCUCUAGCAGCUUUCGAUGCGAAGAACUUUCAACCGUUUAUCUCCGAGGACCAUGGCAUCUCGGGGAUUUUGCGCGGUGCCACUGACUCCUUUUUUGGCUUUCUGGGCUUUGAUGCCGUGUGUGCCCUCGCCACAGAGACCAAGGAUGCGCGGAGAGUGGUUCCCAUGGCACUGUUUCUGGGGCUGCUGAUCUCUGGCGGCCUCACAUGCCUGGCAGGUUUCGCCUUGGUCUCCUGCGUCCCAGCAGAUCAGCUGGACCCCGCCGCCGGCUUCGUGUCGGCCUUCGAGCUUCUGCAGUUGCAUUUGGCAGCGCGACUGGUGGGAGAGUUGCUGGUACUUCCGGUGGUGGCCUUUGGCUGCUUGCUGCCCUUGGGGCGUUUGCUGUGUUGCGUCGCGGAGGAUGGGUUCCUACCCUUGGCGCUGGCCCAGAAGGAUCGGGCCGGAGAACCCCUGGCUGCCACCGUGCUGGGCGGCGCUGUCACCGCGGUGUGCGCGGGGCUGGUGCCCUUCGAGGAUUUGAACGACAUCUGCAGCGCGGCGGUGCUGACGUGCUUCAUCUUAGCAUCUGUCUCGGCGGUCACGGCUCGGCAGGAAGGAGCGCUGCAAGCGGAGCUACGGCCACUGCUGGCAGCUUUCGUGGCGUGCAGCUGCGGGGCGCUGCUGCUGCUGUCGCCACGCUGGACCUCCGAAGUGGCCCUGGCCCGCACCUUGCUGGCCGAGAGCACAGACCGCGCGGAGGGCUUGGCGUGGCCCCUGGCGCUGGUGGCAGCCUUGUGUGCCAUGAAGAUCCAAGAGAGAACUGUGCAGGCGCCUCCAUCACCACCUGGCCGCUUCGUGACGCCGGGCGGGGCCACGGUGCACCUGGUGUCCAUCCUGACGUCGGCAGCGCUGAUCACCACCCUGCCAGCCUACAGCUUGGCGUCCUCGGCGGCGCUGCUGACGGUGCUGACUUUGGCGAACCGAAGCGGGCCAAAAGGUCUGGGCCUAGGCAACUUCAGGGUCGCCACCUGGCUUGCCGGAUGCCUGUACGGCCUAUACUCGAAACUCCUGUCCGAGGAGGGCGAACUGUUUCGGGUCGCCGAGGCAAUUUCAGAGGCAAAUGCUGCGGAAGAAGCCCAAGCCGAAGAGACGGUCGGAGCCGAAGACGCCACGCCCUGGGAGGCGUCCGAGGACGAGUCCGGAUUGCAGUCGGGAAGCCCGGGCCCGGCCUGGGAGAAGCAUGAAGGAUUGAAUUGCUACUUGCACCACGGCGCCGAGGGCAUCAAAGACAAAGAUCCCCUGGGGGACGCGCAGACCCUGGAGCAGUGCCAGCAAGAGUGCCUGCAGGAGAAGGACUGCGCCGCCAUUGUGAUGCAUGGAGACUCCCCGACAACUUGCUGGCUGCGGAAGGAUGUGGACAUGUCCCGGUGCACUGCAGGCAGCCCCUACAGCUUGUGGGUCCGGCCCGGGCCUUCCAUCAAGUCGACGAAUGAGACGGAGACCUGCAGCACCAUUUGCAAGGAGUGGCCGAGCGUGGAUGAUGUUACCUGUGACGGAUGCACGGUCGUUGCGGUGCAAGUGCUUGUCGCCGUUUGCUUUGCACGAUGCCUAUACCGGCGUCUCCCGUCCAAGGACACAAAAGCAACCCCAGAAGCAAAUGCUGCAAGAGAAGAGCCGCAGGGCGAAGAUGGAGAAACCACGCCCUAUGACGCGGUGCUUGCAUUGGAGUCCUUGGGCGACUUUUUGCACACUGGCCACAUCAAGUUUCUGCAAAAGGCCGAAUCCACCUUCAAGGCCUCAGCGGAAGAGCGGUACAAAAUCGUCUCCAUCGUGGGACUCUUCGACAAGGGAAAGACAUGGCUGACAAACAGGAUGCUGGGAACCAAGUUGCCGAACGGAAAGCUGUGCACGACGAGAGGUCUCAGCUUCCUGUGGGUGGAAGAUCGUCGCAUGCUGGUCUUGGACAGCGCCGGUGUUCAAGCGACGGUCUCAUACCGUGCGGACCGCUCACAGACUGUUCAACCAAUCCUGGAUGCUCGCGCAACGGAGUCUUUGGUGUUUGACAUGAUCUCCCGCAUCUCCCAUCAUAUGAUCUUUGUGGUGAACGACUUCACCUGGUUUGAGCAGGAAUAUGUGGAGAUGCUGCACCAAAAGUACGUGCAGGGCCACCAUAACAAGGAGCUGAUUGUGGUGCACAAUCUGCGCAUGACCUCCGAGGUGGAGGAAGCUCAGGAGCUCUUUUACCGUCAGAUCAAGUCCUGCUAUGAGGGUGGGGUCUCUCACAUUAACGACCUCAUUUUCACGGCGGACGCGGGGGAAGGCAUCCCACCUGUCCACCACAUUGCGUUGUGCAAGGAUGGGUCAGAAGCAGGCCACGCAUACAAUGAAGAGAAUUGCAAGUAUUUGAUGCAGCAGCUGGAGCAUCGCCACACCUUGGGCUCCAAGAUAAACCUCACGGAGCUGCUGCGCUCGGAGCUGGCGCGCCUGGUGCCCAAGUUCGCGCUGCUGGAGCUGGCGCCGGAGAGCCAACCGAGCUCCCUGACGGUGGCCUUCACGGACCUGAACGGGGAGCUCGCAGGGCCGACGAACAGCUCGGACGCGUGGCGGGCAUGGCCAGGUGCCUAUUCUGCUGUUGGGGAGAUGGUGCUGCAGCUUCCGGGGCAGGAUGCCAAAGUUAUGCUGAAGACCAAGGGUGUGAUCUCGCCGCUGGGGGAAAUCAUUGCCCACGAUGUCAGCUUCGACCCCAUCGUCAACGUCUUCGACAAGACAACAGAGCUCGGGGUAGAGCGCUACAUCCGUGUGGAGUGCCCUGAUGUGGACGAGGCUGACAUUGAGUGGGAGGAGUUGUCCAACGGGGUACGCAUCGUCAUCCACAAGCAGAAGUCCAUUGAUGAGGCUGCCGUGCAGCCCUUGCAGUCCUUUCCCAUUCUGCAGCAUCACGGGAGAUGGGAGCGGAGUUUUAAUUUUGACCAUGCAGACGGGCGCUUCGACUUGUUCAGCCCCAGUGGGGAGCCUUACGGGUUCGAUGUGCAGCGGGGCGUUCUGGUGGUGAAGCUGGUCAAGUCCUUUCAUGCGCGAAGGGGCAAGCUCGCUGACAAGAAAGAGAUCCUCUCCUGCUUCCCGAGCAGACCUCCGUCGCCAUCUGGCGCUUCUGACAUAAGUCAGGUGAGUUCUGCCUGGCUGGCUGCUUAA